AUGCAGUUUUCCGCCUACGUUUAUGUGGCGGAUGAGGAGGAGGGCGUUGCCAAGCUCGACGUGGUGCGCUUAGGAGACCAGUCGAAGCCCUCGCAAGUGCGGUGGUCCACGAAGGACGCUUCCGGCAAGGCCUGGGAGACCUACGAGCCCGCGAGCGGCACCUUGAGCUUCGAAGCCGGGGAGGGCCAGCGCGCCCUGGUGAUCAAGCUCAUCCCCACGGACCGCUGGAGCCCCGUGCUGGACUUCGCCGUGGAGCUGCUGGAGGAAGGUUUGGAGAACGCGAAGCUUGGGCAAUACGGAGUGAAGACAAGGAUCAAGGUCAUCGACAAGGACGCCUUCCCAUGCCCAGAGAUGCAGGUCAUUACGCAGAUGGGCGGUGACUCCCAGGAAUCUCCGCAGCAGGCCCGCGAGACACGCGUCACUCUUCGGAUAGAGUGCUUGGCAAUGGGCAAGCGGUCCCGCGCCGACCGGCUGGAAGUGGCGGCGGCAAAGGCUUCAGCAGGCGGCGGUGCGCAAGUGCACCCGUCAGACGUCGAGAGGCAUGUGCCCACAGGCCGAAGCUGGCUGUGGAGUUGUUUCCACUUGAGGCAGCCCCCAUCAAAGAAUGUCACGCAGAAUGUGUACUAUUGCAGCGUGUGCAACCCGGGGAAGGAAGGCCAGGCGGACGUUGCCAGCGGCAUUUUCCGCUUGAGCUCCGUGGCGCUGAACCCUCAAAUCACGGAGCUCAAGCGGCAUCAAAUUCACCUAAAAUCUGCUCACGGCAUCGAGGCGGAGAGCCCGUUGGAGAGCAAAAAGCAGCCGACCAUCGACGUGCAUUGCCGGCAUCACAAGGCCAAGAACGAGAAGCUUCUUGACGGCUUUGCCGAACAUGUCUUGAUUCAGGACAUGCUUCCAAUCAGUGCUUGCGAAAGCCCCGGGCUGGUGCAGUUUAUGUCCACACUCGAUCCGAAGUUCAAGAUCUGCAGCCGCAAGAAGAUGAGGUUCAAGGUUCUGCCGAGGGUCCUCCACGGGCUGGAAGAGGAAACUUGGGCGCUUCUCAAAGAAGCCCGCGCAGACUACAGCACAGUCAUUCACUAUGCUGGGGAUUUAUGCACUGCGCCUGGAACAGGCGACGCGUUUAUGUGUCACAUUUUUCAGUUCGUCACGCCCGCGUUUGAACUUGUGACGCUGUGCGGCGGCCUUGUCGUUUUGGACGAGUCCAAGACUGCAGACCAUCAAAGGCAAGAGAUUGCGCGAUGCUUUGAGAUGUGGGAUGUGCCGCUGAGCCAGCAAGGGUGCAUCACAACGGAUCACGAAGUGCUGCAGCUCUCACAUGAGUACCAAGACUAUGAGAAAGAGCUUACACCAAAGAGCAGAGACAUGCUCACUGGCGCUGCAAUGUGCGACCCGCAGCUUAAGUCUUUGCAUUGGUUGCCCGGCGCGGACAUGGACGGCAAGAGGAAACGCAACCAAGCCUUUCUGGAGCAGUGCUACAAGAUUCAUGGGCAGCUGCACGACGAGCCUCCAGACAACACAAGGGUGGUGUCAGAGAUCCCUUACCCCAACGCUCGGCAACGGCGGGCCAUUGAAGAGCGCACGAGCUUCUUCAAUCGUUUCCAGCCCCCAGACACAAGCCAGGCAGCUUCUUCAAACGAGGCAGCAGCGGUCAGGCCAAUUCCUGACAGGAGCGACCAGGCUGUUGAGAAAGCUUGGCAAAAGUUCAAGCUUGACCUCAAAACGCAGGUGUACGCGUACUUGGUCGCCCCACAGCCUGGCUACCAUGAUGCCUUGAAGUUUUGGAAGGAGAUUGGCGUUGUGCAGUACCCUCUCAUGGCUCCGGUGGCACGCUACAUGCUUGGCGUGCGCGCGAGUCAGGCCACAGCAGAGCGGGUGUUCUCCAGCAGUGGGCGCCGGCACCGACGACUGGCAUUUACCGCCCAUUCUCGAGCAAAGACGGAAGCGUGCAUGGCCCCACUGGCCUGGUCAGUGUCUGAGACGGUGACUGUAGUGACACCUAAGAAGGGUGAGAGGGUGAGAUUGUAA